AAUAAUUCGAGUAGUGUGAGAGUGCGUGAUUCUUGACUGUCGAUAAUGCAACAUGUGAUGGCAUAAAUAUCCUCAGUGGUAUUUAAUCGAAAGAAAGUAAUCAACUCGUUCGUAUGAAGACAAUCUCGAAAAAAUAAUCUAGUACAUGCUUGAUAUGAGUAAAUAUACGAGGGUUGUGUGAAAAGUAAUACGUUUUUGUGAAUUAGUCAAAGAAAUUAAAUGUUACUACAAAUGGCGAUUAGCGAUGAGCACAAAAAUAUGGCAAAUACUCGCAAUCAAAAAUGUUAAUCAUUUGAUUUAAUGUCCGUAAACACGAAGAAGACGUUUUUGGUUUCUUGAAGGUGUUCUUUUGAAAGAAAAGCGGUCAAGAAAAAAACUAUGAACUCAUUUCUUGAAGACUCGACCGAGUGUAUCAGCCGUAUAAGCAGUGAAACCCGUCACGAUACCUUGAUUAAUGAGAAAAAAUGGGAAUGGGGCUUCUUAAGGAAUCAAUGUCGCAACCUGGAAUUGGAACAAUUCUAUCAAUCGUAUAUGCAGCGAUUGCGUGUCAGCUACCUAUCGCUAUUUGUCAUCAUAGAACUGUUGGUUGUCGGUGUACAUUCCAUCAUUCUCUUGUCAACGAUUGAGAAUCUCAGCAAUGUGUCAACCGAUAUCUUUGCCUAUCUCACCUGUGCUUUGUUGGUGUGGGGAAUUCUGGCGCUUAACUUUCGCACAGAGCUCGUCAAACGAUAUACAUGGAUAAUGUAUGUCACGUCCUGGCUGGCAGUUUGUAUAUUGGCACUUACCGAUAUUGGCAUAUCUGUCUAUCAUGCUGUCAUCAAUUUGGAUAUAUUGCGUCCGGCCUAUGGCAGUUAUAUAUUGUAUGCCGUCUAUAUAUUCAUGCCCCUGCCCGACAAUGUACAUGCGUUUAUGCUGGGAAUGGCGGUGACCGUUUCCUAUCUGAUCGAUUACGCCUUUGUGACAUAUCGCAAACACACGGAUGGCACAUAUCGGGUUGAUGUGAAUAAACUGAUAACGGAGGGUAUAUUCCUGAUGUCGAUUAACAUGUUGGGCAUAUAUUUUCGCAUGAUGAAGGAAAUAGCCAUACGUACAACAUUUCUGGAUCGACGCCAGUAUGUCGAGGAGAAUUUGUUGUUGCGCCAUGCCAGGGAGGAGGAACGCAGUCUGUUGCUAAGUAUAAUCCCGUCACACAUUGUUAGCAGAAUUGAAGAUGAUGUCAAAGCCAGAUUGGAAUAUAAAAGAGCCAAGAGACGCUCAUCACCACACACGCAAGUAUUGAUAGAAGAACCGGAACCUAUCAGACGUUGGCGUCAACCGGAAGCCGAAAAAUUGUUUAUUGAGCCCCAUGAUAAUGUCAGCAUACUCUAUGCAGAUGUUGUAAAUUAUACCCAUCUUACGACGACAUUGGAUGUCAAAACUCUUGUGGAAACUUUGCACGAUCUCUUUGUGAGGUUCGAUACAGCUUCCGAGGAAUACAAUGUCUUGCGUAUUAAAUUUUUGGGUGACUGUUAUUAUUGUGUGGCAGGUGUGUCCAUUCCCAAUGAGUAUCAUGCCAAGUGUUGUGUGGACCUGGGAUUGCGUAUGAUUAAGGAUAUACGUGAAGUAAGAACAAGACGUAAAUUGAAUAUUGACAUGCGUAUUGGGGUUCACACGGGACGCAUACUGUCCGGUGUGUUGGGUGCCUGCAAACUGCAAUAUGAUAUAUGGUCGAAGGACGUUGACAUUGCCAAUCGUUUGGAACAAACCGGCAUGGCUGGCAGAGUGCAUGUCAGUGAACAAACUCUGCGAGAACUUGAUGGGGAAUAUAUGUAUGAAGAGGGCACAGCGCAGGGACGUACCGAUCCAAUCUUAAAACAACACGAUAUUAGGACAUUUCUAAUAAAGCCACCCAAAUAUGCCUCAUAUAAUGAACAUCGGCGUCCCUGGGCCGGUGUCAAACGACAAAUAGAACGUAUACGUUCCGAUACCACAACAGACUUUAUGCAAAAUAAUAUCCAGCAAUUUAAUCAAAUUCGUACCCAGGCUAAAUUGGAAAUGAGCAGAGAGUUGGAUAAAAUGCCAAUUGGAAGAAUUCAAGUUUCAAAAUUUUGCUUUGAUCGCUCAAAACGUUUAACUCAGGACGAACAAGAAGAACAGAAUUUUCGACGAAAUAUUACUUCGGUUGGCUUGUUCUUCAAGGAUUGGCGUUGGGAAAUGCAAUUUCUGCAGGAACCAGAUGACAUGCUGAAGUACAGCGUGAUCAUGGGUGUUAUAAUCUUUUUCGGCAUCAUGGCUAUACAAUCGAUCAAUAAAGUGCAAUCGGCCAACUUUUGGACCACCAAUGCUCUGUACAUAAUUCUAAUUAUAAUUGUUAUAUUCUUGACAUGGUUCAAGAAGCUGUGGAUCAUGUUUUGGGCAGAGACAAUACAAUCGGAACCGGAGAAUAAAUUUGUCUUGUUUUUGUUCGACUCUUCGAAGAGGAUACAGAGUAGUAUAACAGCGCGUGUAACGAUUUAUCUGCUAAUUAUUGUUAUACACUGUUCGGCAACAUUUAUACAAUUGCUAGAUUGUAAUAACUGGCCCGUACUAUCCGAUGGUGAUUCGAAAAAUUCAACCAAUUUCUUUAACAAUGAUCAUGCUUGCGAUGUGGGCUUCAAUCCUUGGGCAAUCACCGAAAGCUUAGAACUGACAAUUUGUAUGGUUUUCCUCUUUUCUCGUAUUCCCUUCAUUCUGAAAUUUACUGUGGGUGUUCUGAUUUCGGGAAUUUACAUCAUUAUCACAUUUGUUAGUUAUUCACCCAUAUACGAAUCGAGUCCAGCAACAAAUGUCGGUCUACAAGCUGAAUUCUCGCAUGUCAUGGUAAUAAUCAUAACAUUGUCCAUAUUCCACUUGAUGGAUCGACAAACGGAGUUUAUAUCGAAAGUGGAUUACAAUUGGAAACGUCAGUUGCAAAGAAAGCAAAAUGAUGCCAAGGUGACGAACGCUUCCAUUUCGUUAUUGAUACGAAAUAUUCUGCCAUCACAUGUGGCGGAUAUUUACAUAUCGAAACAAAUGAAAAACGAACUUUACUACGAAGAAUACGACAACGUGGCUGUAAUGUUUGCGACAAUCAAAAACUACGACAUCGAUAAUGUUGGCUUGAGGGUUUUGAAUGAAAUUAUUUGUGAUUUCGAUGAAGUGCUUAAACUCUUUGAGUCGGAGGGUAUGUUCAAAGUGGAGAAGAUCAAAGUAGCCGGUUGGACAUAUAUGGCAGCAUGUGGUUUAGAUUUGGCACGUUCGGAAAAUGUCAACACUCAGGGAACUUUUCGUAAUUCGUCACUGCUUAUGAAUGGGCGACGUAGCCAUUACGAUAGUAAUGGGCGAGCGCCAGUAAGGCACUCACGCAACCAGCUAGAUAUGGCACCCUCAACGUCGGCAGCUUCUAAUCAAUAUGAGGGCCACAACAACGCUUUAAAUAGCACUACACAAAAGAAUCGCAAAAUCAGUUCACCGAAUCAAUCGAAUGUGGUACAUGUCAUGGCACAAUUUGCCCUGCAGCUAAUGAGAACAAUGCACUCCUUUAAUGUUGAAAAUUUACAAUGUGAGGAUGGUAGCGGCGAUAAUGGAAUGCUGAGAAUUGGCAUUAGCAAUGGUGCCAUUAUGGCCGGUGUUGUCGGUUCAUCCAAACCACAUUAUGAUAUCUGGGGCAAUGCGGUUAAUAUGGCAUCACGCAUGGAUUCCACGGGCAUGCAGGGUCGCAUCCAAGUCACCGAAGAGACAGCCGACAUUUUACGUACCUUUAAUAUAAAAUGUAAUUUCCGCGGCAUGACUUAUGUCAAGGGUCGCGGCGAAAUACCAACAUAUUUUGUGGGAAUCGAUGAAAAUUUAAAUUUCAUACCAGAGCUGGGCACAAAUGAACCAAAUGAAAAUACAUCACCAUCAUAACGAGGGAGAGCGGUGGUGGUUCGCAAAGCAAUCUGAGACUUGAUAUAAUACAUUGACCCGACUCUUAGCCAGUCGAAGGGGUUCCUACCUUCCCAGGGGUGUAUAAAUGUUCAUGGUUUACCUUAAGGUUCGAAUUCGAACUAUGAUUUUAGAAAAAUUAAAUGUUUUUUUAUUUUAUAAAUUAUUAAUUAAGUGUUGUUGAAUAAUGUUAUUAAAUGUAAGACCAAUAGAAAUUUCCCAAUAAAUACUCUGUAUACAACUGA